AUGUCGAUACCCUAUGCCCAACUUCUUGCUGAGGCGAAAAGCGAGCUAGCUGCGCUGACCUGGCUCGCGGAGCAGCCAGCAGUUGCAGCUGCUCUGGAACUCGCAAUGUCUGACGAAACCGCCAAGGAGACAGCUGCGCUGCAGAUAGUCGAAGCCGUCCGCGAGAUGGGCUUUGCUGGUGAAGAGCCUGAACCGCCAACAAAGCGAGCGAGGACAGAGUCGAACUCAACUCUGGUACCCCCACCAGCCGUCCAGCCUCAGGCAGUUGGUCACGCAAGAUGCGUGUGUGUCGUGCUUUCAGGCAUGCGGGGUGCUGGCAAGACGGCGCUCUGCAAUAUUCUGACCCAGGUGUUGGGCGGAGAGCACGUGCACUAUGAUGAGAUUACCAGAGGCCAAAAGCGCUCUUUCCCUGGUAGCUUGAAGGAGAUCUUCAAACGCAGCCUGCAGGAAACGCGGGGAUGGCAUGCUGAAGCUGAAGGUGGCAGCGAUGAGGCAAAGCCUGACCCGCUUCUGCUCUUCAUCGACAGGACUCAUAUUCUUAAAUCCCAGCGAGAGGAGACCAUCAACACAUUGGUCCACUUUCGCUGGCGUCAGCGCCAUUGCAGGACGCUCCUCGUGGAAUUUAGCCAUUCGGAAGACGUGUUUGGCUAUGAUACUGGUGGGCAACUCUCGAAGCGAUUUGGAGAGCGGCACAUCGCACUGUGCGAAGAAAGAAUUCGCAAUCGGGGCGUCGCUCAUCAUGCACUGCGGCCGUCGGAAAAGCUGCGCUCGGUCUUGCAGAAGGAAGCGAAGCUUGCGCAGCCACCGAGCCCUGAUGAACUGCGCAACUUUGAUGGCUGCGUGUCGCUGCAGCUGGCAGACAGUCCCCCACAGCAAGCGCUGGCUGUGAUCAAGGAGCUGCAGGACCGGUGGCUGAACACAUCGGAAGACCUGGCCCUGAAGGUGGAGCUUGCCUGGCAAGUCUUCCAGCGCGCAGAGGAUCAAUGGCGCCAAACAGCCACACCAAGAGAGCAAAGCCAAUGGCGGGCGCAGUGCCGACAGGAAAGCGCUCAGCGCUCCUGGGCCUGCAAGCGCUUCAACUCCGAUCACAAGUACCUUUACAAGCAACUGGAACAGGCCACAGAGAAGGCAGACAAGGCAGCAGAGGAGGCCGCUGCAGCCAAACGCAAGACGAAGCUGAAAUGCUGGAAGCUCGAUCUUCCGGAGGUUGGCAGCAAGCUGCGGGAAAAGGGUGUGAAUAUGGAGACCCUGGAGAGAUUCCAGGUGGAGCUGCUCACGGUCCCAGAAGGGAACCUGGAAGAGGCGGCGCAGGAGCACGGCCUCAGCAAGGAAGCGCUGGAAGUGAUGACGGAUGCGCUGGAAUCCCUUGAGGGCGACGACACUCUUGAAGUGACCGUGACGAAGAUUGUGUACGCCAGCAGCGUCGUCUAUUGCGUGGUUGAGCUGCCACCGGUGCCGCACGUCGGAAAGGUGCCCCACUUCAUGCUCUGCCGGGAUCCGAAGGUAGAGCCGCUGCCGUUGGUUGAGGACCUGCUGCAGCAUCCUGAAGAUGCUGUAGUCAUCAAAGAGACUGCAGUUCCUGUGCCAGUGAAAGGCCACCUCAUCAUGGAGACGCGCGAGCAGAUCGAAAAACUGUGA